AUGUUACAGGCUCAGAAUUCCCUGCUGGCCUGCGAGUUUCUGCUGCAGAACGGAGCCAACGUCAACCAGGCGGACAGUGCCGGGCAGGGGCCCCUGCACCACGCCACCAUCCUGGGCCACACCGGGCUGGCCUGCCUGUUCCUCAAGCGGGGGGCCAAUCUGAACGCGGUCGACAUGGAGGGGAAGGACCCGCUCUCCAUCGCCAUAGACACGGCCAACGCUGAUAUCGUCACCCUGCUGCGGCUGGCCAAGAUGCGGGAGGCGGAGGUCGCGCAGGGACAGUCAGGCGACGAGACCUACCUUGACAUCUUUCGGGACUUCUCCCUGAUGGCGUCCGACAACCCCGAGAAGUUGACCCGCCGAGACCUGAAACUCACCACCCUCUAGCGCCCCCCCCCCGGGGCGGCGCCACCGAGCCACCAUCCCCUUGUGUGUAUGUGCGGGGGGGAUCCCCUCCCCCACCCCAGCUCCUCCCCGUUCCCCGGCUGGGAGGGGCAGCGAAGCAGCAGGGAC